AUGGCAUCCAGCUGGUGCUCCUUACAAAAAUCUGCUGGUGCCCAUUACAAAAAAUCAGCUAUUGCCCAUUACAAAUCAGCUGGUGCCCAUUACAAAAAAUCAGCUAUUGCCCAUUACAAAUCAGCUGGUGCCCAUUACAAAAAAUCAGCUAUUGCCCAUUACAAAUCAGCUGGUGCCCAUUACAAAAUAUCACAUAUUGCCCAUUACAAAUCAGUUGGUGCCCAUUACAAAAAAUCAGCUAUUGCCCAUUACAAAUCAGCUGGUGCCCAUUACAAAAAAUCAGCUAUUGCCCAUUACAAAUCAGCUGGUGCCCAUUACAAAAAAUCAGCUAUUGCCCAUUACAAAUCAGCUGGUGUCCAUUACAAAAUAUCACCUAUUGCCCAUUACAAAUCAGCUGGUGUCCAUUACAAAAAAUCAGCUAUUGCCCACUACAAAUCAGCUGGUGUCCAUUACAAAAAAUCAGCUAUUGCCCAUUACAAAUCAGCUGGUGCCCAUUACAAAAUAUCACAUAUUGCCCAUUACAAAUCAGUUGGUGCCCAUUACAAAAAAUCAGCUAUUGCCCACUACAAAUCAGCUGGUGCCCAUUACAAAAUAUCACCUAUUGCCCAUUACAAAUCAGCUGGUGCCCAUUACAAAAAAUCAGCUAUUGCCCAUUACAAAUCAGCUGGUGCCCAUUACAAAAAAUCAGCUAUUGCCCAUUACAAAUCAGCUGGUGCCCAUUACAAAAAAUCAGCUAUUGCCCAUUACAAAUCAGCUGGUGCCCAUUACAAAAUAUCAGCUAUUGCCCAUUACAAAUCAGCUGGAGCCCAUUACAAAAAUCGUCGUGCACUGAAUAGAUGA